UAGCUGGUCUGACUGUUAAAUCUCCGCCCUUCCUUCCUUAUCACCAUCCACCUCCUCCACACAUCUCCUUCACUUGCUGCGCCUAUUUCCGGUGGAUGAGAGCUUCAAUUCAAACCCCUUUAAUGGUGAACUUCUCUUCAUUAUCCUCUCUCUCUCUCUCGCUCUCUACUUGUAUACUUUUGCAUGUUUAAUGCAGCAUUAAAGGCCUUUCUCUGUCAUCUCUCCAUCUGCUGUCCACCUGGAACAGCUGAAAGUUUGACAGCUUAAUCUCCUGGGUUUAUCUAUAUAUUGAGCUGAAGUUGAAAAUGGCACCCAAGAACGGUCGCGGGAAGAUGAAAGGGGAGAAGAAGAAGAAAGAAGAGAAGGUUCUGCCGGUUGUCAUAGACAUAACUGUAAACCUUCCGGACGAGACUCAUGUUAUUUUAAAGGGAAUAUCAACGGACAGGAUUAUAGACGUUCGCCGGCUAUUAUCUGUCAAUACAAUGACCUGCAGUAUCACCAAUUUUUCAUUAUCCCACGAGGUCAGAGGGCCCCAGUUGAAGGAUACGGCCGACGUUGCCGCACUGAAGCCUUGCCUUCUCACCCUAGUUGAAGAGGACUACGACGAGGAGAGCGCGACAGCGCACGUUAGAAGGCUGCUGGACAUCGUGGCCUGCACGACGAGCUUCGGCCCGUCGGCGAUCAAGGAUUCGAAGGCCGAGUCUGGCAAGAAUUCGCGGGUUGGGCAGGAUGCCAAGGCGGAGAAGAAGUCCGGCAAGUCUCCGGCCAACAACCGGCGGUCAUCGCCUACUCCUCCUUCGCCGCCGUCGCAGUCUCCGAAAGAAGCACCGGCUGAAGGAGACGCAGAGAUAAGUGAUUCAUGCCCCAAGCUCGGUAGCUUCUACGAAUUCUUCUCGCUUUCUCAUCUCACGCCGCCUCUCCAAUUUAUAAGAAGAUCAGCAAGACAACAGGAUGAUGAGAUUUUAGUGGAUGAUCAUCUUUUCUCCCUUGAAGUGAAACUUUGCAAUGGAAAGCUGGUUACUGUUGAAGCUUGCAGUAAAGGAUUCUACAGUGUUGGGAAGCAACGGAUUCUUUCUCACAACCUUGUUGAUUUGUUACGGCAACUUAGUAGAGCUUUUGAUAAUGCCUACAAUGAUCUCAUGAAAGCAUUCUUAGAACGAAACAAGUUUGGGAAUCUUCCUUAUGGCUUCAGAGCCAACACAUGGCUCACUCCUCCAAUUGCUGCACAGUCACCAUCGAUAUUCCCUUCACUCCCUGUGGAGGAUCCAACAUGGGGAGGUUAUGGGGGUGGUCUGGGAAGAGAUGGAAAAAGCGAUCUAUUUCCUUGGGCUAAAGAGUUUGGUUCUCUUUCAUCUAUGCCUUGCAAGACAGCCGAGGAAAGACAGAUCAGAGAUAGAAAAGCUUUCCUUCUUCACAGCCUUUUUGUAGAUGUUUCCAUUUUCAGAGCAAUUUCAGCUGUGCAGCAAGUAAUAGGGAAGUCUGAGUUUAUUCAUACAACUGUAGACAAUGAAAUUAUUCAUACUGAGAGAGUAGGGGACUUAAGCAUUGUUGUCAUGAAAGAUUCUCCAAAUGCAAGUUCUAAAGUAGAUACCAAGAUUGAUGGAAUUCAAGCAAUUGGAUCAGAUCAAAAGAAUAUAGUAGAAAGAAACCUUCUGAAAGGAGUCACUGCAGAUGAAAACAGUGCUGCCCAGGACGUUGCUACUCUUGGUGUUGUUAAUGUGAGAUAUUGUGGUUACAUUGCGGUGGUUAAAGUUGAGGGAAGACUGAAUAUUGAAACAGCUACCCCAUUGCAAAACCUUGAAUUUCUCAAUCAGCCAGAAGGUGGUGCCAAUGCUCUCAACAUUAACAGUUUAAGAUUGCUGCUUCACAAGAGAGAAGCUUCUGAUCAUGUCAAAUCAUUACCACAUUCAUACACUUUGGAAUGUGAAGAGCUCAAUUCUUCUCAAAUUUUUGUGGAGAGGUUGCUGGAGAAGAGUCUUGCUAAGCUUCAGGAAGAGGAGGCAAUAGGGGAUGUAUUUGUGAGGUGGGAACUUGGAGCCUGCUGGAUACAGCAUCUGCAAGAUCAGAAAAACACGGAGAAGGAUAAGAAACCAUCUAGUGAGAAGCCCAAAAAAGAGAUGAAUGUUGAGGGACUUGGAACACAUCUUAGAUCCCUCAAGAAUAGCAAGAAGUAUUCUGAUGGAAGUAACAUGAAACCAGAGUAUGAGAAUUCAAAGUGUGCUACUACUGUUGUCAAUGGGGGAAAUGAAAAUGCCGUCCCACCUUUAACAUUUCAACAAGUGACGAAUGCUAGUGAAAAUGAAAUUGCCCUAAGGAGGUUGUUGUCUGAUGCUGCUUUUACGCGUUUAAAAGAAUCAGAAACUGGUCUUCAUUGCAAGUCUGUGCAAGAGCUAAUUGACUUGUCCCAGAACUAUUAUAAUGAGGUUGCUCUUCCAAAACUGGUUGCAGAUUUUGGUUCCUUGGAACUCUCACCUGUUGAUGGUCGAACUCUGACUGAUUUCAUGCAUACCAGAGGUCUUCGAAUGCGUUCCCUGGGACAAGUCGUUAAGCUUUCAGAAAAGUUAUCACAUGUACAGUCUCUCUGUAUUCAUGAGAUGAUUGUACGAGCUUUUAAGCACAUUCUACAGGCAGUGAUUGCUGCUGUUGGUAAUACUGAUGAAAUGGCUGCUGCAAUUGCUGCUGCAUUAAACCUGAUGCUUGGAGUCCCUGAAAAUGAGCAAUUCAAUGAAUCCUGCAAUGUCCAUUCUCUUGUCUGGAGAUGGCUGGAAGAAUUUUUAAAGAAGAGAUAUGAGUGGAAUCUCAGUGGCUUUAACUACAAAGAUGUGAGGAAAUUUGCAAUUCUCCGUGGGUUAUGCCACAAGGUGGGUAUUGAGAUGGUUCCAAGAGACUAUGACAUGAAUUCUCCAGACCCUUUCAGGAAAAUAGACAUUGUUGGCCUAGUACCAGUGCAUAAGCAAGCAGCAUGUUCAUCUGCUGAUGGACGACAACUCUUGGAAUCAUCAAAAACAGCUUUAGAUAAGGGAAAACUUGAAGAUGCAGUCAGUUACGGGGCAAAGGCUCUUGCAAAGCUGGUAGCAGUUUGUGGUCCUUACCAUCGAAUGACGGCAGGAGCAUAUAGCCUUCUUGCUGUAGUUUUAUAUCACACAGGAGACUUCAAUCAGGCCACAAUUUAUCAGCAAAAAGCCUUGGAUAUUAACGAGAGGGAAUUGGGACUUGAUCAUCCAGAUACAAUGAAGAGCUAUGGGGAUCUUGCUGUGUUCUACUACAGACUUCAGCAUACGGAGCUGGCUCUUCAAUAUGUAAAACGUGCACUCUAUCUAUUACAUCUCACAUGCGGCCCAUCACAUCCCAACACUGCUGCAACAUACAUUAACGUGGCUAUGAUGGAGGAAGGCUUGGGAAAUGUGCAUGUUGCUCUCAGAUAUCUCCACAAAGCUCUAAAGUGUAACCAAAGGUUACUUGGCCCAGACCAUAUUCAGACUGCAGCGAGUUACCAUGCUAUAGCAAUUGCACUCUCAUUGAUGGAAGCUUACCCUUUGAGCGUUCAGCAUGAGCAGACAACCUUGCAAAUUCUCCGAGCUAAGCUGGGCCCAGAUGACCUCCGUACUCAGGAUGCUGCUGCAUGGCUUGAGUACUUUGAGUCAAAGGCCUUUGAACAACAAGAAGCUGCACGGAAUGGAACUAGAAAGCCUGAUGCAUCCAUAGCUAGUAAAGGCCACUUAAGUGUGUCAGAUUUGCUUGACUACAUUAAUCCAAGUCAUGAUGCCAAAGGGAAAGAUUCUGUGGGAAUAAAGAGGAAAACCUAUAUUAUGAAGAUGAAGGCUAAAUCUGACCAAAACUUAAGUUUUGUGAGUUCUGAGGAAUCCCAGAAAGAUGCUUCAGAUGAGAAACUGAUUCCUGAACCUGAAGGGGACACAAAUAUGAAUGGUGAAACCACCUAUCCACCAGUUAAGAUCACAGAGCCUGUGUAUGAAGAAACUACUGAGAAGAACCUAGUUGAGUUCAUACAGCCUGUUGAGGAAGAAGUUGCUGUAGAAAAGCCAAUAGUUGCCAGUGAUGUUUUAACUGAAGUACAUGCUGAAGGAGAUGAUGGAUGGCAACCAGUUCAAAGACCAAGAUCAGCUGGCUCAUAUGGACGGCGAAUAAGGCAGCGGCGGGCAACUGUUAGCAAGGUCUAUGGUUAUCAGAAAAAAGAUGUGCUUUCUGAAUCAGAUUAUGCUAGACUGAAAAGUAACUACCAAAAUACCAAGUAUUACUUGAUAAAGAAACGAACAGUGUCUCCAGGAAUUUAUGCAGAUUACCACACAGCAAAGAGUACCUCCCCGAGUACCAAAUUUGGACGAAGAGUAGUCAAAGCUGUAACAUAUAGAGUUAAAUCUGUACCUUCAUCUACUAAAGACACUGUGAUAGAGGCUCACCGAAAUGGAGGUAAGGUAUCCAAAUCUCUGUCAGAAACUAUUUCAGUUGCUGCACCAAAGGAAGUUGGACAAAUAUCGCAGAAGAGUUCAAUAGUUAGCUUAGGAAAAUCACCUUCAUACAAGGAAGUAGCACUGGCUCCACCAGGUACUAUUCCUAUGUUGCAGGUUAGGGAGUCCCAGAAUGAUAAUCCUGAUAACAAAGAGCUUGGUGUUGAACAUGGAUUCGAUGAGAAUGAAGCAAAAGGAAAUGUUGACAUUAAAGCAGAGGCUGAAAAUGUAAAAGAAGAUAAAUUUGUGUUAAAUUCCAAAAGUGACUCAUCUGAUGGGGUUGAAGAAAUUGUUGGCAAGACGGAAGAAACUAAAUCAAAUCAUGUGACGUGGGAUGAACAUCCUGAGAUUGAGGCUGCAAUUGUGGAAGAAUCUCCAAGUGCAGAGAUGGUUAACUCUAGCUGUGUGGAACUUGAUCAAGUGGUACAAAGUAGCAUUCAAACUGAUGAUAUGCCAAAUUUAAUUGAUGCUUCCAAUAUUGAGCUCUGCGAGAAUGAUCCAUCCAGCAGCUCCAAACCUGAAGAUACUUCAGUUUCCACCUUGCAAGUAGGUGAGACCUUAAAGGAAAGAUCUUUAAUAUCUUGUUCGGAUGACACCAGGGAAUUCCCUAUCAAAAAGUUGUCUGCAUCAGCAGCUCCAUUCAGCCCAUCAAUAACUGUUGCUCGGGCUGCACCUGUGGCAUUGAACAUUUCUCUCUCUUCUGGUCCUGCAGCUGUUCCAGCUGUUGGCCCUUGGCAGUUGAACAUGACUGUUCACCCAGGGCCUCCUACGGUCUUACCCACAGUUAAUCCGAUGUGCUCUUCUCCUCAUCGCCCGUAUCCCUCACCUCCACCCACCCCAAAUAUGAUACAAACCAUGCCAUUUUUAUAUCCUCCAUAUACUCAACCUCCAUCCACUACCUUCCCUAUGACUAGCAGCCCUUUUCAUUCCAAUCAUUUUGCAUGGCAACGUAGUAUCCCCAAUGAAUACAUGCCUAGGCCCAUUUGGCCUGGUUGCCAUGGAAUGGAGUUCUCUGUCUCUCCAACUGUUGUAGAGCCAAUUGCUGAUCCAAUUCCACAGAUAAAGGAACAAUUUGACAAUUCUGAGAGCCUGAGUUUGGCUCCAAACCUGCCAGUGGACAUUGCCAAUGGGGAUAAAGCUAAGAAAGAAUUGAAUCUCCCGGCAUUAGAGGCAGUGGACAAUGGAAAUGAUGUGGCUAGUGUUAGAUCGAAUAAUGAGAAAGAAAAUGGCAAUUCAAAUUCAAAUAUUGUUCUCAGUUCUGGUAAUCAACUGGAUCAAUUUAACACGCUUAAUGAAUCUGGAAGCAGUUGCAGUAAUCAAGCAUCAAGUCCCCCUUGGAAAAUUGAUGGUGAGAAAAUGGUCACCAUUUUGAUCAGGGGGAGAAGAAACAAAAAGCAGACCCUGCGAAUGCCAAUCAGUUUGCUGAAGAGGCCGUAUAGUUCACAGCCUUUUAAAGUUGUAUGCAGCAGAGUGGUCCGAGAGAGUGAAUCACUCAAGUCUGGAAGCUUUUCUUCGAAUAAAAAUAAUACAGCUAGUGCCAUGUAAGGCAAAGUUUUUUACUUUUACCAGUCAAAAUCAGCAGGAUGGUUGAGAGGAAACAGAAGAUGUGUUGCUUUCACAUACAAAUGAGGCAACCUUGGAAGUUUUUGGCUUUCAUAUUUGAUCUGUUACAAUACUUUAUGAAAAAAUGCAGAAUACUAGAUCUUCCAAGAUACUAAGUCCAUUAUACCGAUACUUUGGAGACCAGAAGGCAGCAGCACAGCAUUCAAAAAUUUCUCUGCUUAAACCUAAGGAAAGAGGAUUUUUUGGACUGUUUUUUUAACAUCAGGUUUACAACAGGAAACUAAUUUCUGGGAAUUCAAUAGGUUUACGACAGGAAACUAAUUUCUGGGAAUUCAAUAGAUUAAUCUGGGUUUGGCUCUUCCCCUUGCUGGCAACGAUGGAUCAUGAAAGUUUUUGGUCCACCGACCCUACCUUAAUAAGGAUAAGUUGCAGUUGAGGAUGAUGAUGAUGAGCUUUCUUCUCCUGUCCGAAAGUAGUGAACUUGCAGGAACACAUCAUGCAGCAGAGAAUAAGAUAGUAUUUGAACGGUGGUAAGUUGAGAUUCUGACUGUUCUCUCAAUUUGUCCCUAUGGAAGUUUUGCCAUUUGAACAGAGUAGACAGCAGUAGAGAUGGAAUUUGAUUGUUUCUGCAACUGUCUUUUUGAUCCAUGAAACAAUACUCUUCAGCUAUGAAUUUGAAAUUGCCCCUUAA